GUAUAUUAGUGUAAAUGGAGUCGGAGCAUGAGCUCAUCCUUCCUGGCAUUCCCUGGCGUGAUCAGGUGACUACAAGGGUUCAUCAUCGUUAAUGACAAGCGUAAGUUAAGCAGCAGAGUGGGGUUUCCUCAGGCGCCUAGCGAAGAGCCUCAUGGAGGCUCUGGCUCUGGACUGUCCUGCCAGCUGGUCACUGCUGUUCAGCCACAGGUCAGCUUAAUCAAGUUUCACACGAUCACACAGGAAUCGGUUACGGUUACAAGGCAGUAAAUAAAUUAAAGAUGUCUUCUAAAAACAAAAAAACGAGUUCGGGAGAAGAAGAGGAAACCAAAGAUGGGGAUGACGAAGACUCUGAGGGUCAGGAACCUAAGCCUCAGAAGAAAAGUAAGCAGCUGAGUGAAUCAAAGGAUGCCGGACGAUUGAAGAAGAGGUUUAAGACCGAUGAGGAUGAAGAAUGUAAUUCUGAGCCCUGCGAGAGAAAAGUGAGGAAAACCAAGAAAAAAGAAGUCAACACCAAGAGGAGAAGAGACAAAGAAAGGAGCGGGGAAAAGCUGAGCCAUGAAAUUAACAAUAACGAGUCUGCAGAUCAAAAGAAAGGUGGAACCCCUCCUGGUGUGACCGAAAAAACCAAGAAGUUCUCAAAGAAGUCCUCUGUCAGAGACACAAUGGGAUCAAAGGAUAAAAAGAAAAAGAAGGAAGAGGAAGCUGCUUCAGAUGAAGAGGAGCGGAAAAAGAAAAAGAAAGCAAAGAAGAAGAAGUCUCAAGGGGACAGUGAUGAAGACACCAAGAAAUCAAAAGGCAAAAAGAAGAAGAUUGAAAAUUAUGUUGAGAUAUAUGAAAAGGAGCUUCGUAGCUAUGAGCCGGACAAAGUAGAGAACUAUGAGGACGAGUAUCACAAAAAGAAAGUGUACGAGGUGGUGACCAUCACCGGAAACGAGAGGGGGGCAGGCACCGAUGCCAACGUUUUUGUCACUCUUUUUGGAGAAUAUGGCAUCACACCAAAAGUUCACCUGGCCAGCAAGAGCCGCACGGCAUUUGAAAACGGAAAAACUGAUGUUUUCAGAAUAAGAACCCACAACGUCGGGCUCCUGAAAAAGAUAAGGAUUGAGCAUGACAACACUGGCCUGAGUGCCAGCUGGUUCCUGGACAGAGUGGUGGUGACAGAUGUCCUCCGGCCUCAUCUGAGGUUUUAUUUUGCCUGCAAUAACUGGCUGAGCAAAACGGAGGGAGAUGGCCUUUAUGUCAGAGACCUGCUGGGCAGCACAGACCCCAUGGAUAUACCCAAAUAUAAUAAAUAUUUGGUGAGUGUUUUCACUGCAGAUGUCAAAGGCAGCGGAACAGAUGCAGAUGUUUUCAUCAACAUUUUUGGGGAAUUGGGAGACACUAGUGAGAGGCGACUUGACAGUGACAAAAACAACUUUGAAAAGGCCACAGAGGAUAAAUUUACCAUUGAUGCACCAAACCUGGGCAAAAUUAGGAAAAUCACUAUUGGUCAUAACAACAAAGGCUCCUCUGCAGGAUGGUUUGUAGAGAAGGUGAUUUUAGAUGAUAUGGGAAACAAAAUAGUGUAUGAGUUUCCCAUCAAUCGCUGGUUUGCUCUCGAUGAAGAUGAUGGAAAGAUACAGAGGGAUAUUCUGGUGGGAGGAAACCAACCCACAGGUAUUGUGUACAACGUCCAGAUUGUGACAGGAAACAUUCGAGGUGCUGGGACCAAUUCCAAAAUUCACAUCGUGAUGCACGGCACGAAAGGCAUGAGGAACAGCGGCAAGGUGUUUUUGGAGGGGGGUAGCUUUGAGAGGGGGUUGACGGACAUCUUCGUGGUUGAGAUUGCCGCCCUCCUCAGCCCCCUCAGCAGAGUCACCAUAGGGCACGACAAUGAUGGGCUCAGUGCCGGGUGGUACUGUGAGAAGGUGGUGGUGUACUGUCCAUUCACAGGGAUAGAGCAGACCUUCCCAUGUGGGAAAUGGCUGGAUGAAAAAGAAGGAGACGGACUGAUAGAGAGGGAGCUUUAUGAGAUGGUCUCACUCAGGCACAAGAGGCAGAAGAAACAUCCCUGGUCCUUGUGGAUUUGGACGUCAGACCUUCCCAGUGCAGGAACAGAUGCAGACAUCUCGUUCCAGGUGUACGGAGACAAGGGCAAGUCAGACGAGAUCAGGCUGGACAACAAGAGUGACAACUUUGAGCAGGGACAGAUAGACAAGUUUAUAGUGGAGUUGCCUGAUUUGGGGAAACUGACCAAACUUCGGAUUUGGCAUGAAAAGAGAAGUACUUUUGCGGGAUGGCACCUCAGCAAAGUAACUCUGAUAAAGACCCUAACAAAGGAGAAGUACACGUUUCCAUGUGAACGGUGGCUGGACAUUAAUGAGGAUGACAAUGAAGUUGUGCGAGAGCUUCCUGCCACUGGAGACCUCAUCGAUGAGCCGCUGCCCCUGAUUAAAUACAGAGUGACCGUAUGUACGGGGAACGUUGGUGGAAGUGGGACGGAUGCAUCAGUUUUCCUUAAUCUGAUUGGAGAGCAGGGGGACACUGGAGAGCGGCAGCUGAUCAACUGCAAAAACAACGCCAACAAGUUUGAGAAAGGAAACUUUGAUGAAUUCAUAGUUGAAGCCGUGAACCUCGGGCCAAUCCGCAGGCUGAGGAUUGGACACAACGGCAAAGGCAGAGGCUGCGGCUGGUAUCUGGGAAAGGUGACUGUAAGAGAGGAAGGACAGGCAGAAGCACAUGCUGUGGAGUUCCCCUGCAACAGGUGGCUGGACCGCUAUGAGGAUGAUGGACAUAUAGUCAGAGAGCUUGUGCCGUUUGAGGAUGGUCAGCGUCUUUACAAUAUCAGCUAUCAUAUUGCUGUGAAGACCGGUGAGGUUGCCGGAGGCAGCUCCGACUCUAAUGUGUUUGUGAAGCUUUAUGGCGAGAAGGGCGACUCCAGCAAAACAAUGCUGGUGGUGUCGUCCAACGACCUGGGGAACUACUUUGAAUCAGGUCGAGUUGAUAUCUUUACAGUGGAAACCUACGACAUUGGACAGAUCAAUCGUCUCAUCAUUGGUCACACCAAUAACGGCAUGAAUGCUGGCUGGUUCUUAGACAGCGUUCAGAUCAUGGUUCCAAUUCACGGAAAAAAUUACAUGUUUCCCAGUCACCGCUGGCUGUGCAAGGACAAGGCUGACGGGAAGACCGAGGUGGAGAUUUACCCAAGCGAGAUCGUUGAUCUGGAACUACUGAUAAACUACGAAAUCACUGUGAUAACUGGAGAUGUGAUGUUUGCUGGUACCAAUGCCAACGUGUUCAUCCAGAUCUACGGAGACAAAGGAAAGACAGAGGUCAUCACCCUCCAGAGCAGAUCCAACAACUACGAGAGAAACACAACAGAAAUAUUUAAGAUAGAAGCCAAAGAUGUGGGGAAGGUCUUCAAGAUACGGAUCGGUCAUGAUGGCUCUGGGACUGGAUCUGGCUGGUUCCUGGAGUCGGUGGACGUCAAACACCUCAUCAUGGCUUUGGUUCCCAAAGAGAAGAAGAAAGAGGACAAAAAGAAGAAAAAGAAGAAGAAGAAGGAGGAGGAGGAGGAGGAUGUAGAAGAAGAGAUGCAGGAAGUGGUACUGACCUAUCAUUUUCCCUGCUCACGCUGGCUAGCUGGAGGAGAGGAGGAUGGAGAACUGGUGGUAGAGCUACUGCCUGAAGAUGAAGAGGAUCUUGAAGCUAACACCUAUGAAGUGUGCGUCUUCACCGGUGACAUGCUCGGAGCCGGGACGGAUGCCAACGUGUACAUAAAUAUUUAUGGGGAGAAUGGAGACACCGGAGAGCGCUCCCUGAGGAACUCUGACAACCUCAACAAAUUUGAACGCGGGCAGGAAGAUGUGUUCAUCGUCACAGGUGUAGAUUUGGGGCCUUUGAAGAAGCUGCGAAUCCGCCAUGAUAACUCAAAAUCUUUCUCAUCCUGGUACCUGGAUCGCGUGGAGAUAGUGGAUACAAAGGAUGAUACAGUAUAUUUUUUCCCCUGCAACCGCUGGCUCGCAGUGGAUGAAGAUGACGGACAAAUAGCAAGAGAGCUGGUUCCUGUGGACGAAGCCUUUAUGAGGAGGGAUGAGGAGGAGGGAACGGGAGCAACUCUGGGUCUGGAGCAGAAAUCAAUGUCUACCACAUACACAAUCAAAAUCAAGACUGGAGAGAAAAAGUAUGCUGGGACUGACGCCAAUGUCUUCGCCAUCCUCUUUGGUGAAAAUGACGACACGGGGAUAAUCAAUUUGAAGGCUUGUAAAAACUACAAAAACAAGUUUGAGCAAGGCAUGAUCAAUGAGUUCACAGUGGAGGCUGUGGACUUAGGUGACCUCCAGAAGCUUCGAAUUGGACAUGACAACUCGGGAAGUUCACCUGGUUGGUUUUUGGACUGGGUUGAGAUCGAUGCCCCCUCUCAGGGUCAGAAAAUGCGGUUCCCGUGUGGCCGCUGGUUGGAUAAAGGGGAAGAUGAUGGUGCCAUUGUGAGGGAUCUCAAUCCUGCUGAGCUGCAGACUGAACUCUAUACCCCAUUUGUUCCGUAUGAAAUAAAAAUAUUUAGCACUGACGUGUUUUGUGCGGGCACAGACGCAGACGUGUUCAUAGUCCUGUACGGACAAAACGGGCUCUGCACGCAACAGAAACACCUGUGUGUCAACAAAAGAGAGAGGCGGAUGUACUUUGAGAGAGGAGCCGAGGACAUGUUCAUUGUUGAGCUGGAAGACGUAGGUGAUCUAUUAGAGAAAAUUAGGAUCGGACAUGACAACAGGGGCACCAACCCAGGGUGGCACCUUGACAGAGUGGAGAUCAGGCGACAGCUCCGGAAAGGAAAGGGUUCAGAGACGACCAUUUUUCCAUGUGAGUGUUGGCUCGCCAAGUCUGAGGACGAUGGGGAAACAGUAAGGGAACUGGUCCCUUCAAGCGUCAUCACAGAGAAACUCAUGAGGGAUGGGACGCUGAAGACGACUGAAAUUGAUGUGGAGGAUGCUCUUGAGAUCCACAUGUAUAAGGUUUCAGUGCGGACAGGUGACAUGUACGGAGCUGGUACUGAUGCCAACGUCUUUCUGACCAUCUAUGGAGACCUGGGAGACACUGGAGAACGCAAACUCGCCAAAUCAGAGAACAACAAGAACAAGUUUGAGAGAGGAGAAGUGGACAGAUUUGACAUUGAGGCUGUGGAUCUGGGGCAGGUCUUUAAGAUAUACAUCCGCCAUGAUAAUUCCAUGAUAGGAGCAGACUGGUACCUGGAUCAGGUGGAGGUGUUAGAUGUGGAAACAGAGGAAGUCUACAUGUUCCUGUGUGAGCGCUGGCUGUCAACAAAGAAAGAGGACAAGCAAAUAGACAGAAUCUUCUACGUCAAAGGCUAUGAAGGUGAACGGAAUACUGAUCAGUAUUUCCAAAAGAUUUCCCAAACCAAGCAAGGACUGGACAAAAACGCCAAUAAGAAAAAAAAGAAGAAAAAGGUGGCGGUGGCUGACGAGGGUCCAAUAAUUCCUUAUCACUUCACUCUGUCCACUGGAACUGACCACGAUGCCACAACCACAGCCAGAGUUUACGUCAUUGUCAUCGGCCCCAACGACAUUGAGACAGACCGACUGUGGCUUGACCUGCCAGAGGGGAAGAAAUCCUUUGCUGCUGGCUCCAUGGACCAUUUUCUGUGUUAUGGAACUGACGUAGGAGAGAUCAAGAGGGUGGAACUUGGCCAUAAUGGUGUCACACCAGAAAGCUGCUGGUUGGUGGAUGAGCUGUCUGUUGCCGUGCCAACCAAAGGUAUCAUGUACAUUUUUCCAUGUAAGUGCUGGCUGGCUAAAGACAGGGGAGACGGCCUGACUGCAAGACUGUUCAAUGUGCUGGACUCCACCACAAUAAAUAUCAUUCGUAAAGUUGUUUACUCUGCCACAGUUGUCACAGGAGACGUUCAGUAUGCAGGGACGGAUACUAACAUUUUCCUGACUGUAUGUGGAGCCAACGGGAGCACCGAGGAAAUGUUACUGCCUAAAAAUGGAGACAGGUUUGAGAGAGACCAAGAAGACACAUUUGUGCUGGAGAUAGAUGACAUUGCUCCUCUAAAGAAGAUCAGAAUUCGGAUCGACGGCACCGGGAGCCGGCCCGACUGGUUUCUGGACAGGAUCCUCAUUCGAAACCUGACUACAGAGGAGGAAUAUUUGUUCACUUAUGAGAACUGGCUGUCCAGCACCAAAGGACCAAAGAGGAUCAAAGUGUGUGAGCUGCCCGCCGUGGUUGAUGAUGAGGAGAUGGUGGAGAAAACAACCUACGUCAUCCAAGUCCAAACCAGCGAUCUAGCAGGUGCCGGUACUGACACCAACGUGUUUUUGAUCAUGUUCGGGGAGUUUGGUGACACCAGGACGCUGCCCCUGAAAGAGAGCAGCAACCGGAACAAAUUUGAGCGAAAAGCCAAGGACGUGUUUCGAUUUCCUGACAUGCUCAGUCUGGGUGAACUUUCGAAGGUCAGAGUGUGGCACGACAACAAAGGUCCUGCUGCUGCCUGGCACUUGGACUACAUUGAUGUGAAAGACGAAGUGAUGGACCAAACCUUCAGGUUCCCCUGCAACCGCUGGCUGGCUAAAAGUGAAGAUGAUGGGCAGAUUAUGAGGGAGCUGGCCUGUGCCAACAAUGACACUGUGGACCUCAGCGACAAAACCAAAUAUGAAAUUGCCACAACAACUGCUAACACAAGCGAUGCCUCGACCACAGAAAACGCCUGGAUUCUGUUGGAGGGAAGGAAAGCCCGUUCCAAGGAGUUUGUUCUGGAGAAUAAGAAAAAGAAGUUCUUACGCGGUGCCACUGACGUGUUUGAGUUUUCAUCCAAACAUGUGGGGAAUGUAGUUAGCGUAUGCAUCGGGCAUAUAACUAAAGACGGGAAGAAAGUCAAGAAAGAAGCUUUCUGGCAUGUUCUGGAAGUGGUGGUUACAGAGAUGGAGCUGGGAAACAAGUAUUUCUUCCACUGUGAUGCGCAAAUCCCCCUGACUGCCAAAAAGGACAAUUUUCUGACGUUCGAGUGCUACAAAUCAGUCGAGAGUUUUGCAAGCAAAGUCCGCAACCUGGUUCCGGUCAAAUACGAGGUCAUUGUGAUAACCAGUGACGUCAAAGGUGCAGGCACUGACUCAAAUGUCUCCAUCACCAUCUAUGGCGUCAACGGGGACUCGGGCAAGCGUGAGCUGCGGAAGAAGUUCCGCAACCUUUUUGAGCGGGGACACACGGACGCUUUCGUCUUGGAAAUGCUGGAACUUGGCGAUCUCCUGAGAGUUAAAGUGGAGCACGAUGGCAGCAGCCCAAAUGGUGGCUGGCUCUUGGAGUGCGUCGAAGUUACCAACACCGCUACUUCGGUCACGACCAUCUUCCCAUGUGGGAAGUGGCUGGACUCUAGCAAGGCUGACGGCCAGAUUCAAAGAGUGCUUUACCCCAAAUAUUAGGAUGAGAUGUAAUAGAAGUGUUUGGUAAGGGACGGUUGACCAUUUAAGAGAGCUGGACUGAGUGACCCCGCCCGCUUGGCUAAAUAUGAAAGUAACCCUGGUUCCAAAAGGCCAAAAUCCUAGAGACUUCCACUGAGAAGUAAAUAGCUCUUACUCAGUCAUUAUAUUUGUCGUAUUAACCACUCUCACUUUAUUUAAACAUGUUCUUGUCAGUCCUAAUUUUAUUUCCUGUUUGUUUGUAACGCAAGGUAUUCAAGUUAUAAACUGACAGAUCAGAUACCUCAAUAGAAGUAUGUGGUCUCACGUUCGAACCGUUUGAUUGACAUAUUCUCGCAAUCCUGCUUUUGAACGGAGGGGGUGUGGCCUUCUAACAAGCUCACUCCUGAUAGGCAAAAAUGAUUGCGACAAAAACUUUGACUCGGACCAAUCUCUGCUUACUGAUGUUGUUUGUCUCCAACAUGGCGGUGUCAGUACUGCGAAAAAAUGGCAACUGAUUUGACUUCCUUUCACUGUACCCGGAAGUAAACCAUUUACCCAUGGGUGAUGUCACUCUCACUCAGUCCAGUUCUCAUUUACAGUCAAUGGUUAGAACUAAUUUCCUCCUUUUAGUCUAUGAUGUCAUACAAGGUGUCUUUGUUUAUGUUGGAAGAAACACCAGAACAUAACGUUCAUUCUAAAGAAUCAGUGUUAUUUUUAAUAUUUUUGCCAAAUGUUAGGACUUCCCUCUUCUUAAGAAUAAACAUUUUCUACCAUUAAUUUCUCUAUAUGCUUGGGCUGAACCUAAAAUAAAUGAAAUAUCUCCUAUAAUAUCAAUGUGAAUCAAAUUUCAAGCAGAAUGUAUGCUUUGUUUUUAAAACUGUAAAAGCAGAAUACAUAAAUGUACAAUAGAAUUACAGUUUUUUUUUACAAAAUGUGAAAA